AUUUUCAUACAGCUAAUUAUUUUCAUGGGAAAAUUAACUGAUUUAUUAUAAAAUAAGUAUAAACCUACCGCAAACGUCAUAUCAAUUCGUAAUGGUCGUAAAGAUAAAAUCGUGGGUAUCGAUCAACCAUACCUAAAUUGUGUAUAACGUUCACCAUGAAGAUUCUCCUUUUCUCAUCGUCUCUGUUUCUUUCUGUCUACAUUUGGGUAGCUGAAACCAAGGCUCCCCGUAUAAUCGGUGGACAAGCAGCACGUGCUGGUCAAUUUCCAUUUUCAGCAGCCAUAUACACAACCACUGAAGACGGAAGAUAUUUUUGUGGGGGAGCGUUGAUCAGUAACCAGUGGAUUUUGACUUCCGGUCAAUGCGUUUCUGGAGCCGUAUCAUUUACUAUUCAUUUAGGUUCAAACAGCUUGGAAGAAGCUGAUCCUAACCGGAUUACUGUGGCAACAUCUGAAUUUGAGCUACAUCCGGAGUUUGACCCCAUUACUUUAAUCAACGAUGUUGGACUCAUAAAGUUGAGACAGCCUGUAAUGUACAACGACUAUAUACAACGUGUUUUGCUGGCUUACGAUUUCACCAGUGAUGAGACUGCUCUGACUGGGAUUGGGUGGGGACAAACUAGUGACUCUUUAAAUGGACUUUCCGACGAACUUCAGUUUGUAACUUUGGUUGCUAUUUCUAACGACGAUUGCAAAGCUGUGUACGGAAAUCAAAUAUCGGACCAUAUGAUUUGUGUUGCUGGCGAUUAUAACGAAGGAACUUGCAACGGCGACACUGGAAGUCCUCUCUUGGAUAACGAUCCAGUUAGUCGAAGUUUGCGCCACGUUGGCAUUGCUAGUUUUAUUAGUGGCAAUGGGUGUGAAAGCACCGAUCCGUCUGGAUACACAAAAACGUACUCCUUCAGAGAAUGGAUAAGAAAUAUAACAUCUUUGUAAACAGUGUUAAAAUAAAAAUGUGUUAUUUCA